AUGCCUGAAGCGAUCAUGCCCCAGAAACGGGUGUUGGGCGAUGCAACUAAUAAUACUCGCGCGAAUAUCGUGUCCCCCACCGCGCUCAAGAAGCGGAAGCUGGACAAUGAAGCAUCGCAACUCAAGCCUCCCUCACAAAGUCUCCCGCGAAAGGGAUUUGGCUCGAGUCAGCCACAAAAGAGCCAAUUUGAAGAGGAGGUCCUGGAGAAACUGACGCAAGACAUUGGAGACUUGAAACAAAAUAAUGCGGAGAAAGACCAACAAUGGGAGCGCCCGCCGCUGGGUGCAUUCGACCCCACGAAAGAGAAUAUCUGUUUCCAGCAGAUCGAUGCGGAAGAAGGCAGGCUUCCUGGCGACAGAAUGGCCGUUCAGCUCUUUGGCGUUACUGAGGCCGGUCAAUCUGUCAUGCUCAAUGUGACUGGAUUCCAACAUUAUCUCUAUAUUGCCGCUCCCGUCGGUUUCACCAAAGAGGAUUGUGAUCCUUACCGAGCCUUUCUCGAAACCAAGCUCGCCCAAAGCAUUCCAGUCAUCCAAUCGGUCCAAAUUGUGCUACGCGAGAACAUUUAUGGUUUUCAGGGCAAUCAAAAAAGUUGGUACUUAAAGAUCACCGUGACCGACCCGAAAUUUUUCGCCAGGGUACGUGGGCAACUUGAAACAGGCAGUGGAUCUAUGAAUUAUAAAGGUCUAUGGGGCAACUCGGAUGGAAUCCUCACAUUCGACAAUAUUCAAUACCUCUUGCGAUUCAUGAUUGAUACUGGCCUCCAUGGCAUGUCCUGGGUGGAGGCAAAAGCCGGCAAAUAUCGUCUCCUACCGGAGAAUGAAAAGCAGUCGACCUGCCAAAUCGAAGCAAUUAUUGACUACCGUGAUAUGAUUGCCCACGCACCAGUCGGGGAAUGGGCGAAGAUGGCACCAUUGCGCAUCCUGUCUUUCGAUAUCGAAUGCGCUGGUCGUCAAGGAAUAUUUCCGGAGCCCAACGUGGACCCGGUUAUUCAGAUCGCCAGUGUUGUCACUCGCUAUGGAGAAUCGAAACCUUUCGUUCGAAAUGUGUUUUGUUUAGACACAUGUAGCCUGAUUGUGAAUACACAGAUUUUAGAAUUCGAGAAGGAGGAACGCAUGCUCGACGCUUGGACUGAUUUUCUUCAAAGGGUCGAUCCAGAUGUCAUCAUCGGAUACAACAUUGCCAAUUUCGAUUUUCCAUACCUUCUUGACCGUGCAAAACAUUUGAAGUGCAAGGAUUUUCCUUUCUGGACCAGAUUGAAGGGAAAGAAAUCUGAAGCCAAGGAGGCAAAUUUUUCCAGCAAGCAGAUGGGCAACAGAGAAACCAAAGCCACCAAUACCAAUGGCAGAAUUCAACUGGAUCUUCUCCAGCUCGUUCAAAGAGAUCACCAACUUCGAAGUUACACCCUCAACUCCGUUUCAUACGAAUUUCUGGGCGAGCAAAAGGAAGAUGUCCAUCACACUAUGAUUACCGAACUAUUUAAUGGGACCCCGGACUCCCGCCGCCGAUUGGCGGUAUACUGUUUGAAGGAUGCAUAUCUUCCACAGAGAUUAAUGGACAAAUUGAUGUGUUUGGUGAACUAUACCGAAAUGGCCAGAGUCACGGGUGUACCAUUCAAUUACCUGUUGUCUCGCGGCCAGCAGGUCAAAUUCAUUAGCCAGCUUUUCCGCAAGGCUCUUGAGCAGCAACUUGUUAUUCCCAAUUCCAAGUCACAGGAUGAACAAGACUACGAGGGUGCCACUGUUAUUGAGCCGAAACGUGGUUACUAUGGUGUCCCUAUUGCAACCCUUGAUUUCGCAUCCCUGUAUCCGUCUAUUAUUCAGGCUCACAACCUUUGUUACACCACCCUCCUCAACAAGAACAGCGUGGAAAAGCUCGGGCUCAAGAAAGAUGAAGACUAUAUUGUGACACCAAAUGGGGAUAUGUUCUGCACCUCCAAAGUUCGCAAAGGUCUUCUCUCUCAGAUUCUAGAGGAACUACUGGGCGCACGAAAGCGCGCAAAGAAGGAACUUGCAGUCGAGACCGAUCCAUUCAAAAAGGCUGUCCUGAACGGUCGACAGCUUGCGCUGAAGAUCAGCGCAAACAGCGUAUAUGGUCUGACUGGCGCUACUGUCGGCAAACUGCCCUGUCUUCCCAUCGCCAGUAGUACGACGAGUUAUGGCCGUCAGAUGAUUGAAAAGACCAAGCAGGAAGUGGAAGCGCGCUACACGAUUGCAAACGGAUAUUCCCAUGAUGCACAAGUCAUCUACGGUGAUACUGAUUCUGUUAUGGUCAAAUUUGGCGUUACUGAGCUGGAGGAAGCGAUGAAGCUUGGGCAGGAGGCAGCUGACUACGUCUCAUCCAAAUUCAUCAAACCCAUCAAGCUCGAGUUCGAGAAAGUCUACUUCCCGUAUCUCCUAAUCAACAAAAAGCGUUAUGCAGGACUUUACUGGACAAAUCCCAAGAAACAUGACAAGAUGGACACCAAGGGUAUCGAGACUGUGCGACGAGAUAACUGCUUGCUUGUCCAGAACGUUAUUGAAACUGUUCUGAACAAGAUUCUUAUUGACCGAGAUCCGGAUGCUGCUCAAGAAUAUGUCAAAGCAACCAUCGCCGACUUGCUGCAGAACAAAGUUGAUAUGUCGAAGCUUGUUAUCACCAAGGCUCUUUCUCAGAAGGAAUACGCAGCCAAACAAGCGCACGUCGAGCUUGCGAAACGUAUGGCCAAGCGUGAUGCCGGCUCUGCACCUGCGUUGGGUGAUCGUGUCGCUUAUGUCAUGAUCAAGGGUGCUGCAAACUCGAAGGGCUAUGAGCGGGCCGAGGACCCUAUCUUCGUGCUGGAGAACAAUAUUCCCAUCGAUACAAAGUAUUAUCUGGACAACCAGCUUGCGAACCCGCUUGGUCGUAUCUUCGAGCCUAUUCUUGGUGAGAAAAAGGCCAAUCAGCUUCUGACGGGCGAGCACACCCGCUCCAUCUCGGUGGCUGCGCCCAGCUUAGGUGGGCUGAUGAAGUUCACCAAGCGCACUCAGACCUGCAUGGGCUGCAAAAAGCCAUUGUCUGGCAAGGAGGAGAUGGCUGGUGCGGUCUGCUCCAACUGCCGGCCCCGCAUUGGUGAAUUGUAUACGAAGGCCUUGACUAAGGUCUCUGACUUGGAGGUCCGCUUCGGACGUCUGUGGACCCAGUGCCAGCGAUGCCAAGGUAGUCUUCACUGUGAGGUUAUCUGCUCCUCCCGCGACUGCCCCAUCUUCUAUAUGCGCAUGAAGGCGAAGAAAGAUGUCGAGGAUUCGCAAAAAGAGCUGUCUAGAUUCGAUUUCGAUGCUGGAGCUUGGUGA